GCCCAUUGUGAUUCUUGCAUUCACAAACUAUAGGAAGAAGGUGAAAGCCUAGCAUCUCAAGAUGGAUGUGACGAGCCUUACCUUUGGGGAUCAAGAAGGAGAAGUGGAGAAGAAUGGCAACAGCAAAACAAUUGACUUCCAUGUUGAAGUCAAACCAAAGUGGGACCAUGACAAUGAGGGCCGCACCAUUUUCCCUCCCAACUUCAACUUUGAGUUUGUCAUAGUGGGCGAGGAAGAAGUAGAGAGGGGUGAUGAAGUCGAGGUGGCAGACAACAUGGAGGAAUAAGAGGUGGACUAGUAACCUCCUCCAUCAGAGUAGCUAUCCUCAUACAAUAGUUUUCUUACUUUUGUUUGGAUACUUGAACAGUUUAUUUGAAGAAUUUGUUGCACAUUUUUAACAUUUAGAAUAUUGAUUGUUCACAUACGUUAAUUUGUUUUAUGGAUUUAUUGCUAUUUAUAUAAGUUUGUUAAAAUGAAUGUUGAACUAAGAU